AUGAACGCAUCGCCUGCACUCUGCGCCACUGUGGUUCCUCUUGCCGAGAAGAAGACGCAGGCAACGACCCAGCUCCACAAGAUCACAGGCUGCAGUCGGCCCACUGCCACCGCACAGCCCGUCAAGAUUGGCACGCUGGCUGGAGCGGUACCGCACGACAAGGUCUCGUUCGUCGAUACCGUAACGAAGGCGUCAAUCGAGUUUCCGCUCUACGCCGAGGAGGAGCUCUUUGUCUGUUCCUUCAAAUUAGAACCGCUCAAGCUCGAUCCUGACGAGGUCCCGAUCGACGACGACGCGCCCACGACCCACGAGCAGUUCCAGGACGGCCAGCGGAGAAACGCCAAGAUGCGCCAGCAGUGCCUGCGCUUCCUCCAGCAGGUCGGCAAGACGCAACCGGAGGUACUUUCGGUGGAGAGGCGAAUGGCCUUCAUGCGCGACCGACUCGCCGACACCGCCUCGUCGAGAAAGGAGGAAUGA